GCGGCGGAGCGGGGCGAGGAGAGAAGAGGGGGCGGCGGCGAGCCCCUCGCCCUGCGGGCGCGGAGGGCUGCGGCUGGCGGCGGGCCCCCCUCGCCGUGCCCGUGCGUCAGGCGGCACUCAUCCCCGCGCUCCCUUCCCCCUCCGAGCGGCACCGCCGAAAAUAAAGGAAAGGAUCCAGCCGGAGCCGAGCAUGCGAUGGGCCACGGGAGAGGGAGGGAGAAAAGGGAAAGGAAAAAAGGGAGGGAGAAAAAAAAAAAAAAAAAGAAGAAGAAGAAGAAGAAAGCACACAAAAAAUCCCGCAGCCCAAUCACCCUGCGAACCAAACCCGGCAACAGCGAACCAAGCAAAACCGGUGCAGCAAGGCUCUGCGAACACGCCUCCUCUCCCGGUUUUGGUGAGGAGGAGGAGGAGGAGGGAGGAGAAGAAAGGCGAAGGAAGGAGGGGAAGAAAACAGCGGCUCCCGAUGCGGCUGCCCGGCUCCCAGCUAAAGGGCCCCCCCCGGCCUCGGCAGCAGCGGCGGCGGCAGCCCCCAGCACCCCCCCGCGGGCGCCUGGCCGCUCCCCGUCCCGCACAUCUGGCUCCGCAGCAGCAGCGGGCGGCCCCGCCGGCCUCUACGCGGCCCGGGCUGCGGGAGCAGCGCCGCCGCCGCCCGCCUCUCUCCUUCCCUCGGCUACUCGCCCAGCCGCCCCGCGCCGAGCCCGGCCGCCCGGCCCUCCGCCUCCGCCUCCCGGCAGCCCCCACCUGCCGGCCCGGCCCUCCGCUCCGCCCCCGCCGCGCCGGGCAGCCGCACCUGCUCCCGCCGCGCCGCUGGCCCGGCUCCCCGCAGAGACCCACCGCCGGGGGCGGCCCCGCACCGCCCCGCUGAAGGGGGAGGGCUGGGAGCGGCGGGCCCGCGGCACCGCGCGGAUCAAUUAUUUACGCGAUUUUACCAACGUUGUCAAGAGUAUCCCUGGGAUCGGUACCUUCCGUAACAGUUUCCUAGAGUGCCAAGUUUCCAGCUUACAGCCCACUCUGACAGCCCUGAUUGCAAAGUCUGCUGCAGGCUGCCAUUUCACAAGCUGCAUCAUAAUAUUAUUCUCAGUAAUUGGUAAGUCUCAGCUUUAGCAGGAAUUAUACAGAUCCUGUAACCACCUUCUAUAAUCCGGUGAAUGCUACGUGAGCAGUCAUGUUGUUACCCACUACAGCAGGCACAGAACCGCUUGUACUUUAUAAUAAAGUGCUGUAAUUUUGCCCACCACAGUUCAGUCCAUUAUUUUUUUUUUAAACUUCCCUUGUGCUUUGAAGAGCCAUGGUUUCCAUUAUCUCAUUUUCAACAAAUGAGGUUUGAGUAUUUGUUGUGAGUCUUUGAAACACCGGGGUGACAGUCUGCUUAUACAUGAAGAAGCUGAACUGAGCUUCAAGUCUACAUCUCCACGCAGGGAUGUAUUUUCCUCUUGUUCAGCAUAAAGGCUUUGCAGUGCAAGGUGGGUUUUGUUGUUGCUGUUGGU